AUGUCUUCACCACACCAUCCUUUCGACCCCAUCACCCCGGACGAGAUCAAGCUUGCCGGUCGUAUUCUCGAGGCCACUUUCCCCGGAGUCCCAUUGCGCUACAAGCGCAUCGACGUGAACGAGCCGAUCAAGAAGGAUGUCCUGCCGUAUAUCGAAGCCGAGCGCCUGCGACGGCCCCUGCCUCCUCCACCAGCCCGUCUCCUCUACGUUCUUUUCCACCGUCUCGAUACUGGCGCAUUCUACAAGGCCAUCCUCAAUGCCGAUCGACGGACCAUUGUCUACGCCAAGGAACUCCCUCGGGAGGUGCAGGGCCCCGUGGAUACCGACGAAGUCAUGGAAAUCGAACAACUCUGCAUGAAGCACCCCGCCGUGCUGGCCGAGAUCGAGAAGUUGCAGCUACCCCCCGGCAUGACCGUCUGCAAUGACCCCUGGAUGUACGGCACCGACAGUGAGCACGAAACCCGGCGCCUUUACCAAUGCUUCAUGUACAUGGUCGAGGUCGACCACCCUCAGAAUAACCACUACUCGUUGCCGUGCAAGUUCUCACCUGUUUUCGACUGUCUCACCCAUGAAUUGGUCCGCAUGGAUUAUCUCCCUGGCGGUGCUGAUUUUGAGACUACUACCACCCAGCCGUGGAAGCCCGUCAAGGCGAUCCAGUAUGCUCAUGACUUGUUGGAGGAACCUCUCCGCACCGAUCUCAAGCCCUACAUUGUGCAGCAGCCUGAAGGUCCAUCAUACACAGUUGAUGAUAGAUCUGUCUAUUGGCAAAAGUGGCGCUUCAGGGUCGGGUUCAACAUUCGAGAGGGGUUGAUUCUUUACAACGUUACAUACGACAAUCGCAAUAUUUUCUACCGUCUUGCCGUUUCGGAAAUGACAGUCCCGUAUGGGGAUCCUCGUGCCCCCUACCAUCGUAAGCAGGCCUUCGAUGUGGGUGAUACCGGAUUCGGUGUCAAUGCGAACCAACUCUCGUUAGGCUGUGACUGCUUGGGCCAUAUCAAAUACUUUGAUGGUUACCGCAAUGAUUCCAAGGGCAACGCCGUUUGCCUGAAGAACGUGGUCUGCAUGCAUGAACAAGACAAUGGCCUGCAGUAUAAGCACACCAAUUACCGGUCUGGCGCCGCGACUGUGGUGCGCAACCGGCAGCUGGUCCUGCAGAUGAUCUGCACUGUUGCCAACUAUGAAUAUAUCUUUGCCUAUAUCUUCGACCAGGCGGGCAACAUCGAGCUGGAAGUACGGGCCACCGGUAUCCUGUCUACGGUCCCCUUCGAUAAUGAAAACGGACAGACCGUUCCCUGGGGUACCAACGUCGGUCCGGGAGUCAUGGCACCCUUCCAUCAGCACAUGUUUUCAUUCCGAAUUGACCCCGCGAUUGACGGGUUUAAGAACACCGUGUACUACGAAGAUAGCGUCCCCAUGCCAGAAGAUGAGAACAACCCUUAUCUGGUGGGGUACACUACCGAAGAGACGGUCAUGAACAAAUCUGGCUGGGCCAACACGAGCGUGGAUCGUCAUCGCGUCUUCAAGAUCCGCAACGACUCGAUCACCAACCCCGUCACUUACAAGCCUGUGGCAUAUAAGCUGCACGCAGCGCCUAGCCAAAUGCUCCUGGUCAACAAGAACGCCCUUGGCUAUAAGCGCGCCGAGUUCGCCACAAAGCCUAUUUGGGUGACCAAGUACCAGGACGACGAGCUGUACGCAGCCGGCGAGUUCACCAACCAGAGCACCAAAGCGGAGGGUGUCGAGACCUGGAUCCAACGCAAAGACAAUACUGAGAACGAUGACGUAGUGUUGUGGCAUACUUUCGGUCUUACACACAAUCCUCGCGUGGAGGAUUUCCCCGUCAUGCCCAUGGAACGCAUCAGUGUCAUGCUCCGGCCCGAUGGGUUCUUCACCAAGAACCCGGCGCUGGACGUGCCACAGUCCUCCCAGGCAUUUAAUAAGUCGACGCUGCAUCCGGAGCAAGCUCGUGGUGGUUGCUGCGCUCCGUCGACGGGGAUGAGCAAGGCGCGGCUGUACAAGCGCAUUGACUGA